AGCCGCGCGCGGCCGGUAGGGUGCGCUAUCCACGGUGCCUUGCCAGAUCCCGGCCGGCCUGCGCCUGCGCGGGGCUUGAGCACCGCUGCGAAGGCUGUGGGGGAGUGGAGCGGCCUAUCCCACACCUGCGCACUCGGACCAAGAUGGCGGCGGCGGCCCUCCUGGGCUGGGGAGCGGCGGCGGCUGCCGCUGGGCUGCGGAGGCGAUUCUGUCAUAUGAUGAAUCCAUAUACCAUUAAGAAACAGCCUCUGCAUCAGUUUGUCCAGAGACCACUUUUCCCACUCCCUGCAACCUUAUGUAACACAGUGAGAUACAUGUUUAUUCAAACACAAGAUACCCCAAAUCCCAACAGUUUAAAGUUUAUUCCAGGAAAACCAGUUCUUGAGACAAGGACCAUGGAUUUUCCAACACCAGCUACAGCAUUUCGCUCCCCUCUGGCUAGGCAGUUAUUUAGGAUUGAAGGAGUAAAAAGUGUCUUCUUUGGACCCGAUUUCAUCACUGUCACAAAGGAAAAUGAAGAGUUAGACUGGAAUUUACUGAAACCAGAUAUCUAUGCUACAAUUAUGGAUUUCUUUGCAUCUGGCUUACCUUUAGUUACUGAGGAAACACCUUCAGGAGAAGCAGGAUCUGAAGAUGAUGAUGAAGUUGUGGCAAUGAUUAAGGAAUUGUUAGAUACUAGAAUACGGCCAACUGUGCAGGAAGAUGGAGGAGAUGUAAUCUAUAAAGGCUUUGAAGAUGGCAUUGUACAGCUGAAACUCCAAGGUUCUUGUACCAGCUGCCCCAGUUCAAUCAUUACUCUGAAAAAUGGAAUUCAGAACAUGCUGCAGUUUUAUAUUCCAGAAGUAGAAGGUGUAGAACAGGUAUCUAAGGAAUAUAGUACAGUACUUUCUCAGCAGUGAUAGUGACGUUCACUGCAGUAAUUCUCAAACAAGAGGCAUGGCCUUAUGGAGAGAGAUUAUCAAGUAAGGAAAGAGCAUAUGGAAAUUAGAAAUUUGAAAAAACUCUUCAGGUAAUUCUGUGCCUUUAAGGAGAGGGCAUCAUCUCCUCUCAGCUCCUGUGAGACUCACUCAUCUCUGGGUAGUAUUUAGACCUGUCCUUUUGGUACAAUACAUGCCGUCUCCUCUCUGAAAUUCUAAACAGUCUUUCACUUGGAAUUAAGCUGUACUUCUGUGCAAAGCUUCUGUGUUUCUGUUUCAGUUUUCUGUUCAGGGUUAAUUUCCUUGAGAGGUUUGUAAUCGUAUCUAGGUCUUUGUGUUCUUCAACACUUAGCCUUGUGUAUUGUAAAUGUUGUUUACAUAGUUUGUAUUAAAUAUUUAGAAACAUUCCAAAUAAUAUUUUUUCCUAAAAUAGAAGUUGAUUGACAAAAUUUUUUGGAUUGGGUGCUGCUGAGAUUAGAUAUAAAAAUAUCAAUUCCUUGGAAGUAAAUAUCCAUUUUUUACUCAACCCAGAAGAAACUAUGAGGGAAUUGUUUUUCCAUUGAUUGUUUCAGAUCAGAGCCAGAUUCAUCUGGAUUUUUUAAAAUUAAUUUUUGUUCCAUUAUCCUCUAUAUGCCUUUUUAAAAAUAAAUUUAUUUAUUUUACUUAUUUAUUUUUGGCUGCAUUGGGUCUUCGUUGCUGUGCACAGGCUUUCUCUAGUUGCGGUGAGCGGGGCUUCUCUUCGUUGUGGUGUGUGGGCUUCUCAUUGCAGUGGCUUCUCUUGCUGCAGAGCAUGGGCUCUGGAGUGCAGGCUCAAUAGUUGUGGCGCACGGGCUUAGUUGCUCCACGGCAUGUGGGAUCUUCCUGGACCAGGGCUCGAACCCAUGUCCCCUGCAUUGGCAGGCGGAUUUUUAACCACUGCAUCACCAGGGAAGCCUCUCUACAUGCCUUUUUUUAAAAUUACAGUAGUUAACACUUUGGUCGAUUGACAAAGGAAGGUUUUUAUUCACUUGUCCAGGGUGGGUGAUGAAUUGGCAGUUGGAUUAUAAACCUGAAUUGGCAUAUAAUUAUAGUAGAUAUGGUGAGGAGAAAAAAUAGUCUUAGGUUUAUAUAACUCUUUUCCUUUCCAAAGGAGUUGGUUUUUAGUAUCUGAGUAAUAUAUUAACUCAUGAAAAGAUACUAAUCUGUUCUUUUUUUUCUUCAAGUAUUCAUUAGUAUCUUUCUUAACUUACUUGAAAUGAAAAUCUUCACAUUCUUCUAAGGUUUAAAAUGAACGUUUAUGUCAGUAAGACCAAAAUAAUUAGUUGCUAGUAUGAUAUUUUGUUUCUUUACCUCUUUUAGUGAUUCGUUUUUCUAAUAUAUAUUUUUACAGUAACAAUUUGGUAUAGCUCCCUAGAAUAUAUUUAAGGAAAUAAGGUGCUUUUGGAAAAAAAAGCAGGAAUGUCAGUUAUAUAUAUUAGUCAUACAGCUAGGAAAUACCAGUUAUCAUUAUAGUCUUCUCUGUCCAGCUGAGACUCUGCUAUUGGAAGCCUCCUUUGGGACAAGGAAAAGACACCAAUGUUUUAAUUAAUUUGCUAAUAUUCAAUUUGCUUUUAUGUUUUUAGAAUAUCAGGUUAUGAUGCAAACCUUGUGCUUUGGGGGCUGUUGGUAGAUUUAUUCUUAUUGGAUUGACACGCAUUGUUAUAGAUUAGAGUAUUUCAGGUAAGCAAGUAAUAUUAAAAUCAGGAAAAUAGCAAUUUCUAAUCCUUAAUUCUUAAAUUCUCUUUGUUCUU